AUGAAGAAUACAGUGUUUUCAAGAAACAAACCACUAUCUUAUGAUGCUUCGAAGACAGUGGUUAAAUCAUUGAGUUUGGAGAUAAGAGAGCAAAUCCACCACCGUAUUCCUUCCCUACGUGCCAUCAACUCUCUCUUCCCUUUCUGGCUCGAAAAAGUGAAAAUCUCAAACGAUACUCUCGUAAUCAACAAUAGAAAAUGGACCGUUGGGAGGAGAAUCCAGAGAGAAAAUGAAAUGGAGCCUGUGAUAGAUGAAACGGAAGUUUCAAUCUGUCUUGGAGCGCAACGUGCACCAGCUCGUCGAUUAAAUCAAUCGCCUGAUGACGUUUUCGAACAACUAUUCGACGCCUACAUCAGAAAUGGGACAGUUGUCAGAGGAGCGCUUACCCUUGUUGGUAUACCAGCAUUUUUGAAGAAGAAGAAUUCAGAUGAGUUGAAGAUAAAAGUGACAAAUUUGGAGUUGCCGACUCAGAACGGUUCUACGGAGGAUUACGAGCAACUCAGAAGAUUCAUUGAUUUGAAGGCAUUGAGAAGUGUGAUGAUGAUCGAAAAUUCAGCAGCGAAUAAAAUUUCGAGUAUGCUCGAGAAGCCAGAGAUCAAAACCUGCGAAAAACUCACAUUAACAUUGUCAUCCCCAUCGAUUGAUCCACUUUUCCGCCUUAGAAACCAACACCUUUGGCUACACAACUCUCGACUUUCAAUUGAUGAUUUGGACAAACUGGUGGAGAACUGGAUUAUAACUGGCCGUGAGAUAGGGACACGUUUCAGUUUGUAUCAGACACAGUACGUAGAUUCAAUUUUUGAGCGUUUAAAGCAGCGAUUUGGAGCGAUUGAGUCAAAACAUCCUGAACAUAACUACUAUACUGACGGUGUCACUAUUAAGAUGGGGGAUGAUAGACGUCUGGUGAUAUUUGCUGAGAAUGUGGGUGAUAGUGAAGUGACUUAUCAUGAUCCAUGGGUGUUUGAAAUGGAGGUUAUGGCAAGUGCAUCUGCAACUGGCAUCAUGGGAAGUGAAGAAGUUGUCUAA